CAAUUCGCAACUGGCACUUGUCCCUCAAGUCAACACACAAACACAGUUGCCGAGUCAGCUUAGGAUACUUGUCAGGUUACCACAACGUUUUUGGAACAGAUCCGUCCUAUGCACCCAUGGAUUCAAACAAAGACUCUACGUCGACAAAACAAGCCACAAGCACAAACGAAGACGCGGCAGCCGAGCUGUCCGCCCAGCUUGAGGAUCUGCUAAACACCCUCUCCAACCGGUUUGCCGGUGUGUCGAGCGAGAUUUUCGCUAAGAUGGAUGAGAUGCAGCGCCGCAUAGACGUCCUCGAGGCGCAGUUGGCUAACAAGGACAAGAACUCCGGGUCAAACUAAUGCCUGGGAUGAGGCUAGGGCAUUCUGUCGGGCACGGCCGGAGUUCACGGAGUUGAGUAGGGAAACGCCACCGGUUGUGACAGUGGCUCAGUUAUUAGGCCGGGUUAGAGAACCAGUCGUCAGUAAGGGGCCCUUUCGGCGUUUGGUCGGCCAAGUUUAAGAAGCAGCACAAUAUCCAUGUAGUUACACAUAGCUGGCUCUACCGCCAGCGUCAACUAAGGUAUUCAAAAGACACUUAGAGCUCUUCCUUAUCGUGCUCCUUCUCACCGCCAGUCGCCUUCUCGACGAAUUUGCGGAGGACGUUGGUCUUGCUCACGAGCUCAUCCAGCUUAUUCGGCGCCAACCCACCCUUCUUGAUGAUACCCUCGAGGCGCGCGAGCUCCUUGGCCGCAUACUCCUCGCUCUUGCUCAGUUUGUCAAACACACGGAGGUAGUACUC